CAAGCAACUCCAACUUUGCUCACUUGCCACCUUUUCCACCGUCCCAAAACUUGGAAGAAAAUGCCCAUGCACUAGUUAGCCCUUCUCUACUCGAAUGUUUAAUUUCCCACCACAAUCACUACCUCAUCAUUCCUCUCCUGGUCUCCUUCUCUACAAGUAGCCUCUCCCCUCUUCUCUUCUCCUUCUUCUUCUCCCCCAGACACUAACACACCCUCUUCCACAAAAAAACACAAAGCAAGCAAGCACUCUUUACACCAAUAAGAAAUUAAAGAAUGCCAAAACUGUCUCUUCUCUUCCUUCUCUCCCUCUUCUUCCUCCCUUUUAUCUCCUCUUUAGAUGACUACAACUCCGUCGCCAAAAGAAAAGAUGACUACAACUCCUUCGUGUACGCCGGCUGCUCUCAGAAGUACACCGCCGGCUCGCCUUACCAGGUGAACGUUGAGUCCCUCCUCACCUCCUUGGCCAACGCCGCCGAGUUUUCCACCUACGCCAACUUCACCUCCUCCUCCGCCUCCUCCGCCACCCCUGCCUAUGGCCUCUUCCAGUGCCGCGCCGACCUCCCCAUCUCCAACUGCGACUCCUGCAUCCGCUCCGCCCUCACCCAACUCUCCGCUCUCUGCCCCGGCGCCGCCGGCGCCGCCGUCCAGCUCCGCUCCUGUUUCCUCCGCUACGACAACGACUCCUUCAUUGGCAAGCCUGACAACAGCCUCCUCUACAAACGCUGCGGCGGCGACGCCCCCGGCGGGUACGCCUCCGACGUCCUUGGCAUGCGCGACGCCGCGCUCGGCUCCCUCACGGCGGCGCCGCCAGCCGGUGGGUCGUACCGGGUUGGCGGCGCGGGGUACGUCCAGGCCAUGGCGCAGUGCGUCGGCGACCUCAGCUCCAAGGAGUGCUCCGACUGCGUGGAGUCGGCGGUGGCGCAGCUCAAGGCCGUAUGCGGGCUCGCCGUCGGCGCCGACGUUUACCUCGGCAAGUGCUACCUCCAGUGCUGGUCCAAUGGCGGCUACUCCUCCAGACACGGUCAUGGUGGCGAGGCCGGGAAAACUCUGGCUGUUGUCGUUGGGCUCAUGGCCGGAGUCGCCCUCAUUAUUGUCUUCCUCUCCUUCAUUAGACGAGCUGGAAACAGUGGUAAAUACUAAUGGAAAUGCGGUGACUUUGCUCUAUUGUUUUGGUGGCCUUUGUCUCAACUUCUUCUUCUUCUUCUUCUUUUUCCUUCGCUCAAGCUCGUUGGUGUUCUUUUUAUAAUAUUUCCAAACCCACCCCACUUUCGGGGAUGUCAUAAUUAAGCUGCAUAUAGUUGUUCCUUCUAGAGAUAUUCAUUCAUGGUUUUAAUUGGAACUCUUCCAGAGAAUAUGUUGUUGUC